UGUCGGCAGCUGACCGUCUGGGGUCUCGCGCAGGGGGCUGCAGCUUUUCCUGGCCUGGAGCAAGUGUGCAGGGCCGGGAGGAGAGCCAGGGGCAAGCGGGCCGGGCCUGGGGCUGCGGCUGCGGCCGCGGGGCUGCGGCUCCCCAGCCCCACCAGCCCGAGCGCUCGGAGGUAGAGGAAAGGUCUUGACAGGGUGGCUGGACCAGUGGCAGAAUCCAGUGACUGACUCUGGACUUGAGGGUUCUGGGCUGUGGUCUAUAGAGGCGAAGGAGAGAAGGACUCAAAUCCAGGCCAACUGUAUGGCUGUCUGAGGUGUUCGAACAGAAGGAGGUCCAUUCCUGUUGGUGACAACACUGUGGCCCUGUUCUGGGAUGACCAAGGUAUAAAGGUUUCCCCCAAGAAAGAGCAGCUGAGUCCUUGCAUCUUGUGGCAGCUGGUGUGCCCAGCACUGAGUCCAUCGGAGCUGAAGGCAGCCCGGCCCCUUCUCAUGGGCAGCACCCAUCUGUGCUGAGGUCCUGCAGCAGUGGCAGUGUGAGGAGCUGUGCGAUCAGUUGUAACUGAAAAUGUCUGACGGUCUGGAUAAUGAAGAGAAACCCCCAGCUCCCCCACUGAGGAUGAAUAGUAACAACCGGGAUUCUUCAGCUCUCAACCACAGCUCCAAACCACUUCCCAUGGCCCCUGAAGAGAAGAAUAAGAAAGCCAGGCUUCGCUCUAUCUUCCCAGGAGGAGGGGAUAAAACCAAUAAGAAGAAAGAGAAAGAACGCCCAGAGAUCUCUCUUCCUUCAGACUUUGAACAUACGAUUCAUGUGGGGUUUGAUGCAGUCACCGGGGAAUUCACUGGAAUUCCUGAGCAAUGGGCACGAUUACUCCAAACCUCAAACAUAACAAAACUGGAACAGAAGAAGAACCCACAAGCCGUUCUAGAUGUUCUCAAAUUCUAUGACUCCAAAGAAACAGUCAACAACCAGAAAUACAUGAGCUUUACAUCAGGAGAUAAAAGUGCGCACGGAUACAUAGCAGCCCAUCCUUCGAGUACAAAAACAGCAUCAGAGCCUCCUUUGGCUCCCCCUGUGUCUGAAGAAGAAGAUGAAGAAGAGGAAGAAGAAGAAGAUGACAAUGAGCCCCCCCCAGUUAUUGCACCAAGACCAGAGCAUACAAAAUCAAUCUACACUCGUUCCGUGGUUGAAUCGAUUGCUUCACCAGCAGCACCAAAUAAAGAGGUCACACCACCUUCUGCUGAGAAUGCCAAUUCCAGUACUUUGUAUAGAAAUACAGACCGGCAAAGGAAAAAAUCCAAGAUGACAGAUGAGGAAAUCCUAGAGAAGCUAAGAAGCAUUGUGAGUGUUGGUGACCCAAAGAAGAAAUACACAAGAUUUGAAAAAAUUGGUCAAGGGGCAUCAGGUACUGUUUAUACAGCGCUAGACAUUGCAACAGGACAAGAGGUGGCCAUAAAGCAGAUGAACCUUCAGCAGCAGCCCAAAAAGGAAUUAAUUAUUAAUGAAAUUCUGGUCAUGAGGGAAAAUAAGAACCCCAAUAUUGUUAAUUAUUUAGAUAGCUACUUAGUGGGUGAUGAACUAUGGGUAGUCAUGGAAUACUUGGCUGGUGGCUCUUUGACUGAUGUGGUCACAGAGACCUGUAUGGAUGAAGGACAGAUAGCAGCUGUCUGCAGAGAGUGCCUCCAAGCUUUGGAUUUCUUGCACUCAAACCAAGUGAUCCAUAGAGACAUAAAAAGUGACAAUAUUCUCCUUGGGAUGGAUGGCUCUGUUAAAUUGACUGAUUUUGGGUUCUGCGCUCAGAUCACCCCUGAGCAAAGUAAACGAAGCACUAUGGUGGGAACUCCCUAUUGGAUGGCACCUGAGGUGGUGACUAGAAAAGCUUAUGGUCCGAAAGUUGAUAUCUGGUCUCUGGGGAUUAUGGCAAUCGAAAUGGUGGAAGGUGAACCUCCUUACCUUAAUGAAAAUCCACUCAGGGCAUUAUAUCUGAUAGCCACUAAUGGAACCCCAGAGCUCCAGAAUCCUGAAAGACUGUCGGCUGUAUUCCGUGACUUUUUAAAUCGCUGUCUUGAGAUGGAUGUGGAUAGGCGAGGAUCUGCCAAGGAGCUUUUGCAGCAUCCAUUUUUAAAAUUAGCCAAGCCUCUCUCCAGCCUGACUCCUCUGAUUAUCGCUGCAAAGGAAGCAAUUAAGAACAGCAGCCGUUAGGACUGCAAGCCUUACCCCACACCAUCUCCCUCAUGAGUAAGACUGAAAUAAAACUCUGCUGCAGGAAAGAUGGAAGAAAAGACAGUCAUUUGGGGUGGGGGGUUCUUUAACUUUCAAGUGAAUAGAAACUUCUUAUAAGCCUUUUUCCUACUCCCUCGGAUUAUGUAAUUUCUUUGUAAGCCUGAAUCGCAGCCCAAACAGGGCAGCAAUGUCGAAGUGGCCGGAAAGUGGUCACUUCCACCGUGAAGCGAAAGAGCCAGUAGUGAAUCCCCUCAUCUUGUGCAUUCACUUUGAAGAAAAAGCUUUCUCAAAGAUGCACACUCCCUCUUCAUAGUGUCGUAUUUGUUUUUAAGUUAGAGAGUAGUUCCUCUUGCAUUCGAACCUCCUUCAAAACUCCUUACCCAAUGUGAUGUUUUUCACUUGCAUUGUCAUUAGAUGUCCAGAAAAAAGAUGUCAAAACUUUUUUUUAAAAAAGCAAAAAAAAAAAACCCCAAAAACAAAACAAAAAACAAAACAAACAAAAAAAAAACCCCAGAGCAAGUACUGUGUAAACAUGUGGAAGUCCAUGCCCUAAUAGAGUUGCAAUUUUUUAUUCUUCUUCUCUAGUGGUGGCUUGGUUUGUGUACCUGUUUUUCUGCAUUCGUAUUGGAAAAGGCUUCUUUCAAGACAUUUUCCAAAAGCAGAGAGGAAUAUGUGUAUUCAGGAAGGGCUUUUAAGACCUCUAUAUCUAAACAAAGCUUAAAUGGUGAAAUUCUGUCACAUUUUCACGAUGAUGCUUAAAAGGUAGUUGAUUUAUUGUUUAUAUAAGCCAGCUUGUUUGUCUUCAUGAUACCUGAAAAGAACACACCAAAACUGUGGCGUUCCGGUUGGGUGAGUCCACAUCCUGAUUCUAGAAAAUCCUGGUAGGAGAAACCAUACUUCAACAGAGAUGGGACUUUCUCUGAGAGCCAAAAGGAAUACAAGAUAAGUGUGCAAUACUGAAAUCCUUGUUGGGUAGUAAGUAAAUAAAGAUAAGAUUCCGAAUUUAAUCUUCUCUUGUGCUUGUGGAACAUAUGCACUGUAAAACAGGCACAUGAGGAGGAAACAGACCCCUUAACCAACAUUUGCUUAUGAUAAAAAUUAUUUUGACGAUUUAUAACAUUUUAAAAAUUAAAAAACAAGAUCUGGAGAACAGAGAUAUACUAAGCAUUCAAUUCUGUAAGAAAUACGAGGUCAGUGAAAACUACAUCCCAAUCACCAUUUGGCUCUAAAUACUUGUUCCCAUUUUGCUUAUGUAUCGCCAAUUUCUGUGUCAGGAUAUGGUCUGUUCAUACUUAAUCCUUUGGGCUUUUGAAUUUCAAAAACAUGUUCAUAAAGAUCUGGAAGUUCUCCAGUGAAAAUAAUUUAGGUUUGCAGUCAUAUAUUCCAAGAAAUAUUAGUUCAACUGAAUUCCUUUUGUGGCUUGGAGAAAAUAUGAAAAUUUGACCGUUGUUUCACCAUGUAUCUAAUUAGUAAAAAUUCAGCAGUUGGCAUUUCCUGAAUCUUCUGAGAGUAGAAAAAUAUGUGGAGGGUGUCUGUGUGGAAAAGAAUAUGCUUCUCUUUCAAGUGUAUUGUCAACUUUAUGAAUUCUGCAAAGUUGUUUCUCUGAGCCUUUGAAAAGCCAGCGAUUUGUGCUGUAAAAGGCUUUUGAUUUGUAGUGUAUCAAGAAUCUGAAUAGAACCUAUCUAUAUUCAGCAAGAGGGAGAAAGAGAUCAAUGACAUGGGCCUCUCUCCUUCUCUGCUGUGGUACGUGCAUCCAUCUAAACAUCCAUCCAUUCUUUAAAAUGAAAGUACUUUCUUUGGAGAAUUUCUGCUAACCAUGUAGUGCACAUGUUUAUGUUUAGGAGAUAACAUCACUGGUGGAUUUCCUAUUUUCCUAUUGUUUUCUUUGACUAUAAAAUUUGGGAGGAGCUUGACCUCCCAGAAAAUGUCCACAGUGGGAUAAAACAACAAAUAUGAAAAGAAAAUCAAAUGGUAAUGUUAAUUUGAAGCGUACUGUGUUAUACUUUGCAAAAAGGUAGCUGGGCCUGAAAUUUUUAAUAACACACUGUUCUAAUGAGAGAGAGAGAGGCCUUAGUUUUUAUUUCAUUUAAAAUUAAGUUUUUUAAAAAAAUGUUCAUUCAUAGUGCCAGGGAAUUCAAUAAAAUAAUACCUGGGAUAUGAAUAGAGUUAGUACAUUGAUAACUAUGCCUUGCCAGUAGAGAGAGCCCCAAACCUGAUUGGGAAGACCUAGUUGUCAAUUAGUAUCCCUUAUUUGUCAUAAAGGCCAUCUUUUGGUGGAGGGAGACCUGGAGCAGUGACUUUUCGGGCCACUGUAGGCAGAGAAAUGACUCCUCUUUUAUGCUUUCAAUUCAGCAUAUUAACGAGGAGCCAGGUAUUUCUUCACCACACUCUGUUGUAUCAAGAUUUUAUGAUAAUAUAUCCCAGUAGGCUUUAUUCUUACAAAUUUAUUUAUAUCUAUGUAAAUUUUAAAAUGAGAACAGCUUCUAAAGACCCUUCCCCGUGUUGGAGAAUUACAUAUAUUUCUAAUAAGUAUUAGAGAGAAGCUGUUUCUCCUGCCAAAAUGAUGCUGAAGGAUUCACACUUGGUACACUUGAACAACUUGGACUCCAGAUGGUUAAUAGUUUAUUCACUUUCCCUGGAUUUAUUUUUAGCUUGUCUUGAACAUAGGUGAGUCUAUCCAGAUCUUUACAGUUGCUAGUGCGCCCUGAGAUAAUGAGGGCACAUCGUCGAAUGUUGAUUCCAAAAUGUCCUGAGAUAGAGAUAGGGCAGUGGGAAAGUCAGGGAAGGGUGAGAAGCACAGUUGAGAUUAUUUAUUUAAGAAAGAAAAGAACAUUAAUGUUGUAGCAAGGAUCCGGUGCGUUGUCAUAAUCCCAUGAGGAUUUUUGGAUGACACAAUCUCCUCAAAUCAGUCACCAUGUUGGGUAAUGACUUCGUUCUUGCUGAUCUCGUCUAUGUGUCAUUGUAAAUAUUUGUGUGUCCAUGUUCCAUUUUGGCUACUGGAUGGCCAAGUCAUGUAAGAAGAUUUAACUCAAGUAUUUAUUCUUUAAUUGUGUUAUUCAGAUUUCUUUCAGGCUUGUGAAUUGCACCCCAAUGUUUGAGUUUAACCAGCUGAUCCCCACAUCUAUCUCUCCCCUGUGAAGCACAUUCCAUUGCUAAAGGAAAAAGAAAUAUGAAAUUGCUUCCUAUUGUCUGUAUAACUGUUUUGAUAGUUUGAGAUGUUUGUCUAUAAAGGAUAUUUCUCAGCUCAAAGAUCGUGUAAAUAAUUAUAUUCCUUUGCUCAAUGGGUUGUUUAUUUCUAAUGAGGCUGCCAGUUCUCAAAAGAGAAUCUAUAAAAUCACUUUUAAAUAACAUAAACAGGGAUUACAACUAUGUAAAAAUAAGUGCAUAUGGACAAAGACUGGGAACACAGAUAAUUGGAAUCGGUUGUGUUAAGGUGGUGGGAUUAUGUGAUUUUUUUUCCUUUUUAAAAUUUUCUUUGAUGUUGUUAAAAUAUUGCUUUUUAGUAAAUAAACAUCAGAAAGGGGACAAUAGAAACAUAGAAAAGAUGCCAGAAGCAGAUGCCUUCUGGCCAGAGCCCAGAGCAUGCAGGGCACAGAUAUUUGCUAGUUACAAUUAUUCCAUAGACUUUAUAUUUGCCUGAGCGCGGAGGUUGGCACACACUGGGGUUUGGCAUGUGCUUUCUUAGGGGACUAUUAUCUAUAAGUUAAAGCUAGGGAUAUGUCGCUUUUAGAGCUCCAGACACAUCAAUCUGCUUUAAAACUGGCUGCCCUCAGCUUUGACAUGGCACCAAGAUUUCUGUUUUGGUUACUUUAGAUUCGAGGGGUGACAACUUUAGCCCCCUUGAUAACAUCUGUUUCAAGCAUCACCCUUCUGGAUCAUUUUAGCAGAUUUUCAGGUUGGAUUUAGGAAGAAUAGAAGGAUAAAAUCCCCAGCUCCCACCAUUUCCUUGUCCAGUGGGAUAUUAUAUCAUUCAGGUAGGAUUCUUGUUUUAAUGACCAGUAGGCAAGUCCCAUUAAUUUUAAUAGAAGUUAUGACUUGCACUUAAAAGCUGACUAUGAAAACAUUAAGAUAAAUAUUUAGAAUUAAUUUACCUGUUGGCAUUCAGUCACAGUCCUAUUAGCUGUGGCUUGAGAUGGCCUCCACAUGCUUUCUGCACUGCCUGAUUAUAGGUUGUAUGCAGUAACUACUGUCAUUUUUAAAGAGAAAAAGGGAGACUGUCUACCAAAAGAGAGGAAUUUCCUUCUAACUCACCAAAGAAAUUUUAGGUGAGGACUUUUAUAAUGAGAUAGUGGCCUCAGAUGUUACUCAGUUUCACCAAGAGCAUACAUUAUACCUAGAGAACCCAUAGGCUUUUCAUUGACCGUUCACAACAUAAAAAUACUUAUGGGAAUCUUAACCCUGCCAUCUCCAGUUGAAUCUCAUGGUGGUUUUCUGAGCUACUUGCAGUUAAUAUUUGGUUAAACAAAGGCAUGACUAGUGAUGCAAGCUUCUCCCAGUCUCUGAGCAAGAAGACUUAAAUUCAGCAUUUGUAUAUUGACAGUCUAAUAGGCCUCGGAUUUUGAGUGAACUUAACACACAGCUCUGAACAUAUAUUUGCAUGUGGAUUGGGAAGGAAAUAAAUGGGACCUUGGAAAUAAUGAAAAUAUUUUUCCUAAGAAAGAAUUUUUCAUAAGAGAUCUGUUUCUGAUAUAAUCUUUCUGUUGGUUAGCUUUAAUUUUUUCACUCCUUUUCUGAUCCCAUACUCCUUUAGUGACCAAAUGAAUAUAACUCAACUCCUCAUGCAUUGGGAAUGUCUGUUUGAUAUGAAAGAAUAUCUAACUGAAUCUGAAGAUGCAGGAACUGAGAUAUCACCUCCAUGUGCACACUUCUGUGUACAAGUAAACUAUAAUAUGACAAGUAGUAUUUACUGUCACGUAAUAUAGUCAAACUUGUAAGAUAAACUUAUAGAAGCUGGUUAGUGCCGUCAGAGUCUUCUUUGGAUGCUAUCCCAUAAUACCAACUGGAUGCUAUCCCAUAAUACCAGCAGUAAGGUAGGUACCAUGUUUACCUGAUUUAGUACCUAAGAGGAAAUCAACAGCAAUUUUAGAGAAUCAGUCAGAGGUAGUGGAAGGAAUACAUACUAGCCUAGGAGUAAGGAGACCUGGAGUCUAAUAUAGGCUCUGUUACUAACUUACUGUGUGAUCUUGGGCAAGUCACUUAACCUUUUUGUGGCUGUUUCCUCAUCUGUAAGAUAAGGAUACUGGACUAGGUGAUCUCCAAGGUCUUUCCAAAAGCUGUAAUAUUCUGUAUAGGUUGUGUUGCAAACUCAACCCGCUAAAGUGAUGGCAAAUAUCACAUGCUUAAGCCUGGGUCUCUUAUGUUAUGGUUAAACAAUAGAACUAUGUAAGAUGAUGGAAAAAAAAAAAAGACCCUCAAGUAAAUGAAGUUAAUAAUACUAGGGAAUGUUGAUAAAAUUUGUGGCAGCCUUCCAAUCCUUCACAGUUGUUUUGUUUUGUUUUUGUUUUAAUGUCCUUUUUCUGUUGAGUGUUCCCAGUUUUCAUUUUCCAUACAUUCUAUGUAAAGUCUGGUUUUCAUUAAGCUGUGGCCAGUAUUUGCUACUAGAACAGAAAUACACUGUCACACUUGCUAGAAUAGACUAUACUUGGGCCUCUCCUUUCCUAUGAAGCAGUGCUGGGCUUUAUAGAGUUUACUUUUUAAAUGGCACACAAUGGCAGAACCCAUGCGUUUUAAUGGCUGGGACUACUAAGAGUGGACCUAAGCACUUGCAGGGAGAGAAAUGAAAAAGUAAUUACAUGCUAUUAGCAUUAAGGAGUUUUGACAAAUCCACAUGUUGGGAACCAAAGAUAGCAUUUCUGAUGACAACUCCCACAGCGAUUGGCCAGUUGUAUGAGUAUGCUGCUGGAAAGAGAGUAAAUUGGAAGUUAGUGAACAGUCCCAAUGCCCUGCCUACAGCAAAGUGCCAACCAGCCCUGAGUGCGAAAUACAAGUUCAAUGUGUGUGCUUAUGUGUGGUGUGCUUUAUUGACCCGCGUAUACUAUAUUCAUUAGUGAUGAUAAGACCUUUCACAGAAUCCUAUAACAAUUAGUGGGUUGAGUUUUAAAUCUCAGUACAUCAGCCAGGAGGAGCAAAAUCACAGGAUACUGAUAUCUACUGGGAUUAUACUCAUAAUAUCCAGACAAAACAAGUUGAGGAGGAUCUACAUUUUCAUUGUUUAUCAAAAUUGUAUCUCAUUUGGCUGUGCAUUACUUUCGUUAAAAUGUGUUAUCUGUAAACCCAUGUGUAGUGAAAUUUUUCUGUAACUCUGGAUUAAAGAUAUUUAUAGUCUUUUCGUUUGUUUGAUUUUUAAAUAAGUUAUUUCUUUUCUGGACCUGCUGAUGGUAUGAUUCCAUCCUUCUGACCUCAGCAUCCAAUCUUUUUAAGGACUUUUGUUUCCAAUACUGUUAUUUUAAAUUGUGGUUGAAGCAAUAGAAAAUUGAAAUAUGGAUUGUGCAUGACUGUGUCUUGAGUGUAAAAAUAUUGCAGUUUGAAACUUGGACCUAAAGUAUUGCAAAUAAAUAUGACAAACAUCAA